AGCUGGACUCUCCAAUAACAGCAGAUAUGGGAUCAGGAAGGUUGUUCAGGACUCAGCUGGGGCUGUUGGCCUUUCUGGUCUUUUCCUCUCUGACUUCUCUGGCUGAUGGAUCACCAUUGGAGGUGAUGUCUGCCCCCAACUUGUUGCGGGUAGGAACACCAGAAAACAUCUUUGUGGAGUGUCAAGACUGCACAGGAGGAGACAUCAGGGUCGAUAUCAAAGUGAUGAAUCAUCCAACCAAAACCAAAGAACUGGCAACCACAUCUGUGACCCUCACUAUAGCAAACAACUUCCAGGAGUUUGGACAAUUAACGAUCCCUGCUGGUGACUUCAGCAAAGAUCCCAGCAUUAAACAGUAUGUGUACCUGCAAGCUCAGUUCCCUGACCGACUGCUGGAGAAAGUCGUCUUAGUGUCCUUCCAGUCUGGGUACAUCUUCAUCCAGACUGACAAGACCCUCUAUACCCCCAACAGCGAUGUUUAUUACAGGAUGUUUGCACUGUCACCCCGUAUGGAGCCUGUAGAGAGGGACCCUGAGACCCAAGAUGACGCUUCUAUUGCCAUUUAUAUUGUGACCCCUGAAGACAUAAUUUUACCACUUCAUCCGGUCUCUCUGAAAUCAGGGAUCCACUCUGGACGUUACCAACUUGGUGCAAUUGUCAGUCCCGGACUGUGGAAGGUGGUGGCGAAGUUUCAGAGCAACCCGCAGCAGAGCUACUAUGCAGAAUUUGAGGUCAAAGAAUAUGUGCUGCCCAGUUUUGAGGUGAAACUGAUACCUGCGAGCUCAUUCUUCUAUGUGGACAGUGAAGAGCUCACAGUCAACAUCAAAGCUACGUAUCUGUUUGGUGAAGAGGUGAAUGGUAUGGCCUACGUGGUAUUUGGGGUUAUACAAGAGGGCAAAAAGCAGAGCUUUCCAAGCUCUCUUCAGAGAGUGCAGAUUGAGAGUGGUAAUGGAGAGGUCACACUGAGGAGACAGCACAUCACGGACACUUUCAGAAACAUCCAAGACCUGGUGGGGAGUUCCAUAUUUGUAGCUGUCAGUGUGCUGACGGAGAGCGGUGGUGAAAUGGUGGAGGCAGAGUUGAGAGGUAUCCAGAUUGUCACGUCACCGUACACCAUCCACUUCAAGAAAACUCCCAAAUACUUCAAACCAGGGAUGGCCUUCAAUCUUAAGGUUGAAGUUCUGAAUCCUGAUGACACUCCUGCACAAGGUGUUACAGUGGUGGUCAACCCUGGCCAGGUGACGGUCUUCACUGCAGCCAAUGGCAUGGCAAGACUUCCCAUCAAUACAGAGGCAAGGACUGACAGACUGACAAUUACCGCAAAGACCAGUGAUCCUCGUUUUACGCCUGAAAGACAAGCAUCAGCCACCAUGGUAGCUCUCCCAUAUACCACCAAAAGCAACAAUUACAUCCACAUAGCUGUGGAGGCAGCUGAAGUCACAUUGGGGGAAAACCUGAGGUUUAACUUCAUCCUCAACAGCCCUAUACAAAAGGACGUCACAUACCUGAUCCUGAACAGAGGUCAGCUGCUGAAAUAUGGCCGUUAUAAGACGAGAGGCCAAGUACUGAUUUCCCUGGUAGCUCCUGUCACCAAAGAAAUGCUGCCAUCGUUCCGCAUCUUAGCCUACUACCAUACAAAUAACAAUGAAGUGGUAUCAGACUCUGUGUGGGUGGAUGUCAAGGACUCCUGCAUGGGCUCGUUGAAGCUGGAACCAUCGAGACCCGCUCCAUCGUAUGAACCUCGCAGGAUGUUUGGUCUGAAGGUCACUGGAGACUCAGAAGCCACAGUGGGUCUGGUGGUAGUUGACAAAGGGGUCUACGUCCUAAACAACAAGCACCGCCUCACACAGAAAAAGGUGUGGGACAUUGUACAGAAGUACGACACAGGCUGCACACCAGGUGGAGGGAAGGACAGCAUGAGUGUGUUCUAUGAUGCUGGGCUGUUGUUCGAGUCCAGUGCUUCUGGGACUCCCAUCAGACAAGAAUUGAAGUGUCCAUCCCCGAGCAGGAGAAAACGAGCCGGCACUAUAAGGAAUGUCAGAAGUGAGGAGGAUGACAACAGUUACAUGGACAGCAAUGAAAUAGUUUCUCGCACCAACUUCCCUGAAAGUUGGCUGUGGAGAGAUAUCAAACUGCCUGCUUGCCCUCGACAAACACCGAACUGUGACACCACAUCAUUUGUGAAAAAUUUUCCUUUGCAAGACUCAAUCACAACCUGGCAGAUCAUUGGCAUUAGUCUGUCAAGAACUCACGGUAUCUGUGUGGCCGAUCCAUUAGAGGUCAUUGUCCGGAAGGAUUUCUUCAUUGAUCUCAAACUGCCGUACUCUGCUGUUCGUGGAGAGCAGCUGGAAAUUAAGGCUAUCCUCCACAACUACAGCCCAGAUCCUAUCACUGUGCGUGUGGAUCUGAUUGAGGAGGAACAUGUGUGCAGCUCAGCAUCCAAACGUGGCAAGUAUCGUCAGGAGGUUAAAGUUGGGGCCCUAACUACACGAUCUGUACCCUUCAUCAUUAUUCCCAUAAAGGAAGGACAAUAUCAUAUUGAGGUUAAAGCAGCUGUUAAGGACUCAUCGCUCAAUUAUGGAAUCCUGAAGGUGCUGCGGGUGUUGCCUGAAGGCAUACUGACAAGAUCCUCAAAGAUUAUAACACUAAACCCAGCUCAGAAUGGUGUAGAUGGUAUACAAGAGGAAAUUAUCAACAAUGAAAUUCCUCUGAAAGAUUUGUUUCCAAACACACCUGCAAGCACACUGAUCUCUGUGACAGGAAGAGAGCAGUUAAGUGGACCAGUGGAGAACGCCAUUAGUGGGAACUCCAUGGGUUCUCUGAUCUACCAGCCCUCAGGCGAUGGAGAGGCUAACAUGAUCCACAUGACCCUGCCUGUCAUUGCAACCAUAUAUUUGGACAAAACCAACCAGUGGGAAUCUGUGGGCUUUGAGAAACGUACCGAAGCCCUCCAAUACAUCAGAACUGGCUAUAGCAACGAGCUUGCCUUCCGUAAAACUGAUGGGUCUUUUGCUGUGUUUACCAGUCGCCCAAGCAGCACCUGGCUGACAGCUUAUGUUGCCAAGGUGUUUGCCAUGGCCAAAGAUCUGGUGACAAUGCAAAACCACGUCAUCUGUGAUGCUGUCAAGUUUCUGAUUCUCAAUGCACAGCAAUCUGACGGCAUGUUUAGAGAAGUUGGAAAUGUGUUACAUGGAGAGAUGAUGGGAGAUGUGCGCGGCUUAGAUUCAGAUGCCUCCCUGACGGCCUUCUGCCUCAUUGCCAUGCAGGAGUCACGCACGAUUUGUGCUGCCAGUAUUACUAGUCUGCAAGGCAGUAUAGACAGAGCAGUGGCCUACCUGGAGACGCAUCUACCCCGCCUCACCAACCCAUAUGCUGUUGCCAUGACAUCAUAUGUCCUGGCCAAUGAAAACAAACUGAACCGGGAGAUCUUGAACAACUUUGCUAUCUCCAGUUGUGUGUCUGUGUCUUCUUCAGAGUUGUCCCACUGGCCAAUACCUAAAGGACGUGUUUAUACACUGGAGGCCACAGCUUAUGCUCUACUAGCUCUAGUCAAAGCUGAGGCCUUUGAAGAAGCCAGACCUCUUGUCAGAUGGUUCAACCAACAGCAGAAAGUGGGCGGAGGCUAUGGAUCAACUCAGGCUACCAUGAUGGUGUACCAGGCUGUCGCUGAGUACUGGGUCAAUGCCAAAGAACCAGAGUAUGAUCUGGAUGUGCACAUCUUGUUGCCAGGAAGGUCAAAACCUGACAUUUACAGAUUCAACAGGGAAAACCACCACACCACGAGAACAUCUAGAACCAACAAUAUAAACAGUGAUGUAAAUGUGACAGCCAGGGGGCAUGGAGAAGCAACGUUGACCAUGGUGUCGAUGUAUUACGCUCUGCCUAAAGAAAGGGACAGUGACUGUCAGAAGUUUAACUUGUCAGUGCAGCUCAUCCCAGAGAAAAUGGAUGAAGAUCAGAUGAUAUAUAAGUUGAGAAUAGAGGUUAUGUUUAAGGACAAUGAGCGCGAUUCAACCAUGUCAGUUUUGGAUAUUGGCUUGUUAACUGGCUUCACCAUUAACACAAAUGACCUGGACUUAUUGUCCAGAGGACGUGCCCGCACCAUUGCAAAAUAUGAGAUGAACACUGUCCUGUCAGAAAGAGGCUCACUCAUCAUCUACCUGGACAAGGUUUCUCACACUCAACCAGAGGAGAUCACUUUUAGGAUCCAUCAGCAGAUGAGAGUGGGUGUCUUACAACCAGCUGCUGUGUCUGUCUAUGAAUACUAUGACCCAACACCUUGCGUGAAGUUCUACCAUCCAGAGAGGAGAGCUGGACAGCUACUGCAGCUCAGUAGAAAUGAUGUAUACAGAGAAUGUGCUGAAGAGAACUGCAGUAUGCAGAAGAAGGGCAACAUCGACAACGAUGAUCGCACAGCUAAGGCCUGCGAGAGUACUGAGACCACCAAAAUAGAUUUUAUGUACAAAGUGGAGCUGCAGAAGUUUGAAGAUGGUUUGUCCACUGACGUUUACACAAUGCGAGUACUGAAAGUCAUCAAAGAAGGAACUACUGAUGUGGGUCCUCAGGGUAAACUGCGCACAUUCUUCAGUUACCUUGAAUGCAGGCAGGCUUUAGAUCUGAGAACAGGCAAAACCUACCUUGUCAUGGGAACAUCCAAAGAUAUUUACAAAGAGUAUCAGUAUGUGCUCGGUGAGAGAACCUGGAUCGAGUACUGGCCCUCAGAAGCAGAGUGUCAAACUGAGGAAUAUGGAAGUACCUGUAGGGGCAUAGAGGAGCUGGAACAGCAGUAUGGACUCUUUGGAUGUCAGCAGUAGUGAAACAAGUCAAAUGUUCUUUUCAAAACCUCCACUGCUAUGAAAUAUGAGGGCUGCAAAAGUUACAAUAUUACACUGCAUUAAUUAAAAUGUUAUGGUCUCAUUG